CAAGGUACAUGUGGACAAUGUGCAGCAUCCGCGAAUAGCAGCAGCGCUAAAGCACUACGUAAGUAGCAUGCACAGUUGUAUCUCAUGUAUGAUCUGCCUGGCCUUUUUCUUUCUUUCUCCUUCCUGCCCUUGCCUGCCAAGUGCUGUAUGUCGAUCGCCCUCCGUGCGUUGUCUGAUAUGAUCCCCUUUUAAGUAAUCGCCAUGGCCAGUGAGCUAGCUGGACGAGUCAGUCUCCCCGGAGUUGAGGUACUUUGCCAAUUCCACCAGCCAGAUUUAUCCCUUCCUUGUCACCCACACCUUUCUGCAGCAUGUCAAACUGCCUUCCACACAUGGAACAUGAAAGAAUGUGGCGUCUAUUUUGAGUGCCUGAAGCUUCACCGCAGACCUAGAAUUGGUGUCACUCGAAACCCUUGCUGCUUCUGUCUUUGGUUUGUGUUUGGUACUUGGACAAUACCGCUGUUAUGUAUUUUUGGCCCUUUGGCGGUGUUUUAUCUCCAUGAUCAACUGUACUCGACGGGAUCUCCGCCCCAAGAAUCACCGCGCUCAAUACCAAGUUGAUUAACCGAGAAUGAACAUCGUCGCCUUUUGCUCGCUAAGACGAUGGAGAGGACAGGCACUAGUGGGCAAUUAAUCUGGUU